AACCCAUGGAAUCCCUGGGAGCCCAGGAAGUUCCUGAUGUCCAGCAGGGCCGUGGAGCCCACCAGGGUCUGCUGGGGGAAGGAGCUGAGGAUGGGGCCGGGGAAGGUGACCACCACGGGCGGUGGCUGGAUGAAGGCAGAGGAGUCGAAGCACUGCCCUGGCCACCUUCUCCUCCUCAGGAACAAGGAGCACCCUCAGAUCCCACCAAGAUGUCCUGCUACGACCUGUGCCCCCCCAGGACCAGCACGGAGCUGUGCCCCCCCAGGACCAGCGUGGCCGUGCCCCAGCCCAUCGCUGAGAGCUGCAACGAGCUGUGCGCCCGCCAGUGCCCCGACUCCUCUGCCUUCAUCCAGCCACCGCCCGUGGUGGUCACCUUCCCCGGCCCCAUCCUCAGCUCCUUCCCCCAGCAGGCCGUGGUGGGCUCCUCCGGAGCACCGGCCUUUGGCGGCUCCCUGGGGCUGGGCGGCCUCUACGGCGCCGGCGCCACCCAGGCCUCGGGGGGCCUCUGCACCUUUGGCAGAUCCUACGCUGCUCCCGCCUGCAGCCCUUGCGCCCUGCCCCGCUACAGCAAGAAGCUCUGGGACACCUGCGGGCCCUGCUAGAGCCACCAGCAACAGCCCCAAAGCCCCUGGGGCCGCCUCAGCCCAGCGUGGCGAAGCUGAGCUCUGCACAAGCUGCCCUGGCCUCCUGCAGCCCGUGACACCUGGCCUGCCUGGGGCCUGCCCUCCCUCCCUCUCCCUGCCUCUCCUGCCCUUCUUGGUUCAAUAAGCUUUCCUGCAUCCAA